AUGCCCGACCCGAACCUCCACGACUGCCUCAAGGCGCUGGGGCCCUGCAAAUUCUCCGACAUCCCGCAGCAGCAAGAAGAGCUAGAUCCUUACCUAGCCGACCUCUUUUUCCAAGUCCAGGCCGUGGUCGAGUCGAUACCUAUACCUGACCCUGAUACCGCUCAUCGACCUCGUUCACACACCACCGGCUCGAUCGCGCCAACCAAUGCCUCGGAGAUGUUCGUGUCUUCGGCGCGGAGCCCGCCGCCCGCUCCAGAGUAUGCGGCUCUUCAGCACGAGUGGGGCAAGCCGAUUAAGCUUGCCGCAAAAGACAAUCCAUUGGGCAUAGCUGUCUACAAGCUGGGCAGCAAGGACGGCAAAGGCGCCUGGUUUGCGCGAAGAAGUGUACACGAAGGCUUGGGCUUCAGCCGGUUCAAACGUGGCUUCGAGCGCGAAUUUCCCACUUCUCUUGCUGUCCAAGGUAAACCCGGGGAGGGCAACAUCAGAGGUAUAGGCGCAGAGACGAGAGUCGAGGAGAUCACGGUGCCAAACCGUGGCAAGGUCGAAGUAUACCGCCUCAGUGCCCAAUUCCCGGGCCCAACCACCCCCCGCGACUUCGUUACGCUAUUGAUAACCUCAUCCAAGGCGAUGAAACACCAUGGAGAACCCGAUCUCGUCCCCAGACAUUACAUGAUCAUAUCCAAGCCAUGUGACCAUCCUGAGACUCAACCCCGCCCUGGCUUCAUCCGGGGCCAGUACGAAUCUGUAGAAUUUAUUCGGGAGGUUCCCAGAAAGCUGAAGGCGACAAUGUCGUCCACAGACUUGAGUCAUAUGGGUCACCAAAGAUCGCCGUCGCCCUCACUCGAGAAAGACGUGCUAAAGCGCAAUGCAGAGAAGCACGCGUCUGCAGAAGAACUCCAUGGCCAGCAUUUGAGGGUUGACACUCGCGGUUCUGGUCAACGCGACCCAUCCCCAGGAAGCAGAAAGAGAAGUGUCACCGUGGAUGCUCCGGCGAGCCCAUUAAUGCGCCCAGAUCGUGUCGAGCCUUUCGACCCUGAGGAAAACCCCGUCGAAUGGAUCAUGGUCACUCGCAGUGAUCCCGGCGGCAGUGUCCCGCGUUUCAUGGUCGAAAGAGGCACUCCUGGAAGUAUCUGUGCCGAUGCUGUCAAAUUCUUAGAUUGGGCGUGUCAAAGGGAUGACGAACAAGAAGCGCUCGAAAAUGUCGACUCCCGUCCCGAUGGCCACCGCCGGGAAAGCUUUGCCAGCUGGGAGGCUAAUGGCACACUAGCUGGGAUUAGAGAACACGAGGAGGGUCUCGAGCCCGUCGAGCAUUCACCGGCCCAUACUCCGAAAGCCUCCGCAAGCCAAGGUCCAUCCAUGGAUGGUCACGAUGCUGGAGGAUCUGCUUCUCAUGGGCCGUCAACCCCUUCGCAGUUCUUGAACAAUAUGACAGAGACCAUUGCUUCAUAUACGCCACAUAUCGUGGGUGGCCGUCUACCGCAUUUUGGACAACCGCAGGAAUCUCAACUCCCCCAAGACUCAACCACGCAGGAGAUACAGCCUGGGGAGAACGCAAAGGGUGAUGAUGAUGAUGCGUCCUCCACGAUCUCAACGGCUUCGUUUACCUCGGCUGACUCGCAUAUCACAUCGAACGCAGCGUCACGUUCGGUCUCAUCCAAGUCGCUACCAGAUCAAUCCGAAAGCCAACUGGUGCAGCAGCAUGACAAGGAAAUUGCAAAACUGGCUCAACGCCGGGCAGCCAUGGAUGCCAAAUUCGCCAAGCAGCGGGAGAAGCUCGCCAGUCAAACAAACAAGGAUAGUGAGAAAGAACAAAAUGCACUGAAGAAGGCCGAGGAGAAGCAUCAAAAAGAACUGAAGAAACAGGAAGAGAGAUAUCAGAAAGAAGUCGCCAAGCUGGAGCAGAAAAAGAAACGGGAAGCACAGAAAUUGGAGGAGAAGCGACGAAAGCAGGCGGACAAGGACGAAAAGGCGCGCCUGACCAGAGAGCGAGACGAGGCCAGAGCCGAGCUGGACCACUUGAAACGGGAGCAAGACCUGUUGACCCGACAGGUCGGCGAAUUGCAGAAAGAGAAUACCACACUGAUGGCACGCAUUGGGAAACUCGAGGGUAGCAGCUCAUCCGUUGAUGGCCAAGCGAGUGGCAACAGCCGGAUCAGGGCCAUGACCUCAGGACAGGAGACGCGAAGUAGGAGCUCAAGCCUUAUGAAUCGAAAGAAGGAUAAAGAAGAGACAGGCAAUCAGCAUUCAUGA